CCUAUACGACCAACCGUAACGAUUUUAAACAAUUUGUAUAACAAAGUAUGCUGCUUUUGUUGAAUUAAAAGAAAUAUGCCGUAUGGGUUUGUUAGACCGAGAUCUGUUUACAAGAAUUCUGUUAAUUUUUUCUAAUGUCAGAUUUAAGAACGGAAUACCAACGCCUGGAAUGAAUUGUAACAUCGGAAAUAUCUUCCCGGUAACCGAGUUUACCAUUGUGACUGUGUCAUAGCACCUUGCGGAAUCAUCGGAAGUAGCCGAGCCCUUUGCCGAAUGUCGCCGAAGCUGUCAAUACUGUGUUGUGUGAUUGUGUCGUGCUAACAUCGUGUGUGGUUCUUGUAGUAAUGGAAUGUAAGUGGUCGGGAAGUUAAGCGUAGCCAGAAGAAACAUGUAGAAAGUGUUGAGGAAACUGUGUGUCAACGGUGAAAUGGAUUAAAUCAUCGACUAUAAUGGCCCGUCAUAAACUUUGGAUAUUUAUUCAAGUUUCAGUCGACGAGUAGGAUGAUUUCGCAUCGAUGGGUCUUCGAAGUGGUCACAUUGACUCUGCUGUGUUUGAUGACAACGCUGGAGGUCCAAGGCUCGUUAGGAGAUCAAAUGAUUAACUGCACUAGCUGUCAUCUAGUUGAGUAUGUUGAACAUAGUCCCCCAAGGAACAAGUCUGCAGGCUACCAAGGUUUGGCUAUACUGAGAGACACCAGGCUGAGACUCUACUGCCCACUGGCCAGUCGUGGGAAAGUCAGAUGGUACCACAACAACAUCCUCCUGAAUGACAACAACAAGGACUUUUUCUUUGAGAUCAACAAGAGCCUGGGGACGCUGACCUUUAAGAAAAUCCAUAUAAUCAAUCGAGGGAAGUACCAGUGCAAAGUUGUGGAUGAGUACCAGAGAAUUCUGGAGUCAGAGAUUACGCCCAUACGUGUUGAAGCCCCAGUUUCCCUAGCCAGCCAACAGCCCACAGAAAACAUCACAGUCUUCACUGGUACAGAGAAGUGGUUCUCAUGCACUGUGGCUGCCAUACCAGAGCCUACCAUCAUCUGGUACAAGAACAAUAUACCGAUGAGCAACCACAGCUCAGUGCUGGAGGAGACAGAUGAGGACAAGGUGGGCUGGACCUCCAGACUGCUGGACGUGGUCACUGAGUCAGCUGUCUACACCUGUAAGGCCACCAACCGCUUGACCUCCACCCACUCGGUCUACACUGUCUCAGCUGACUUCCAUGUCACUGCUGUCUCAGCCGUGGAACCACAAGCAGACGACCCAGGCGUUACCCAGAGCGCCAGCCUGACCCAGCAGCACAUGUGCUCGGCGUACAACGGCACCGUGUGCAGACAGUACCUACACGGCAGGUACGUGUACCACAACAGCAGCAUGGACCCCGAGCAGUUCCUGCAACAGACCUUCUCCGAGAUGGCCCAGCACGUCCCCAGCGGCAGCCUGUGUCAGGUCCCGGCCACCAGGAUGUUGUGCCACCUCAUCUUCCCCGACUGCAAGAACGACACCAACGAGCCACUGCCUCUCUGCAAUGAAAGCUGUUUUGCUGUCCAGACACUCUUCUGCUUCCAAGAGCUGGCCCAGCUGUCCACCACUGAAGGCAGCACCAAAGGUCUUUCACACUUACCACAGUGCUCGGGUUUACCCAGUAAAUGGGACACAACUCUUACUUGCAUUGAAUCUAACCAUCAUGAUUACUCCCCUUCACACGUUCGAGAUGACUGCUAUGUGGAGAAGGGGAGAUGGUACAACGGAACCAUGAAUGUUACAAAGUCUGGCAUUCCCUGCCAACCCUGGGCCGCCAGCUACCCCCAGAGCCACACCCGCUCCCCAAAAAUCUUCCCUGAACUUUUGAAUUCAGAGAACUUUUGCCGCAACCCCGGGGGGGAGGAGGAGAGACCAUGGUGCUACACCACAGACAAGCUGGUCAGAUGGGAGUACUGUGAUCUCCAGGUUUGCCCCAGCACACAGAGACCUGAGGCCAGCCUGGAGGAAUUUGAUGAGCUGCUGAUGACCAUCCUGGUGCCCAUUGUGCUGUCCGUCACUGUCCUGAGCACCUUGGUCAUUGGGCUGCUGCUCAGGUGGAGACACACCCACUACAACGCUGCCCCGCAGGAUGACCUUGACAUUGAGAACCUGCCCAUUAACUCAGCUUAUCAUCAGAUGAAAACCCAUCGUCUCAAUCCAAAGUUAGAAACCCUGGAAUUCCCUAGGAAUGAUAUAGUGUUUAUAGAGGACAUCGGUCAGGGGGCGUUUGGGCGUGUCUUCAAGGCUAGAAUUAUGUGCAGCAACGGCAACUCACACAUCACGGGGGGAAAGCUCAGCGCCAGCAAGCACAACCUGGCCUGCGGCUGCAAGCACAACCGCAACCCCUUCUCCAGCCGGGGUGACCUGAGACAUUUAGAGAUGCACUUCUCCAAGCAGGCGGACAUCAAGCUGCUGGGGGACGACACCAUCUGUGAGGAGAAGCACAGCCAGGGGCAGCUCAUCGCAAUUAAAAUGUUAAAAGAGGACGCCUCAGAAACUGUUCAGGCAGACUUUGAACGUGAGGCUUCACUCAUGGUGGAGUUUGAUCACCCCAAUAUUGUGCGUCUGCUCGGCGUGUGCACCAUUGGUAAACCCAUGUGUCUGCUGUUUGAGUACAUGUCCAAGGGGGAUUUAAAUGAGUUUCUGAGACUGUGCAGUCCUGACCAGUGUCUGCGGCGGAGCGAUGCCGGCUCAGUCCCUUCUAUAGAUGAGGUCAGCAGUAUAGACAUGGCCGACCAGCUUCACAUGGCUCGCCAGAUUGCCAAUGGAAUGAUCUACCUGUCUGACCGAGGUUACGUCCACCGAGACCUGGCCACCAGGAACUGUUUGGUGGGCCGUGGCCUGACCGUCAAAAUUUCUGACUUUGGUCUGGCUCGAAGUAUCCACAGCAUGGAUUACUACCACGGCAGUGAUAAGGACGCCAUACCCAUCCGAUGGAUGCCACCAGAGGCCAUCCUGUUCAAUAAAUUCUCCUCCCAGUCCGAUGUCUGGUCGUUUGGUGUCUUACUGUGGGAAAUUUUCUCAUUUGCCCUUCAGCCUUACUAUGGCAUGACCCACGAGGAAGUCAUCAAUUAUCUACGGGCAGGUAAAGUCCUUGCGCCAACAGAAAAUGAAACGACAGUUGUUUACGAACUAAUGAAAUCAUGCUGGCAUAAAAAGCCGUCAAGUCGUCCAUCUUUCACCUUCCUGUACAGGUCUCUGACACUACUCUAUGAAGACACAUGCAAGCAGAAAGGCAGAAAAGUUUUAAGUUUAUAGUAAUCAAUGUACAUAUCUUGUACCAGCAGGACCAAUGCAAAUGUAUUGUACAGUUUUUCUCUUGUUUAUACCGGCUUAAGUUGAUUGUUCAGAUAUCCCAUGCUGGUGUGUGUGGAGCUCUUAUUCUCCCAUUAUGGUGUGUGUAGAGCUCUUAUUCUCCCAUUAUGGUGUGUGUAGAGCUCUUAUUCUCCCAUUAUGGUGUGUGUGGAGCUCUUAUUCUCCCAUUAUGGUGUGUGUAGAGCUCUUAUUCUCCCAUUAUGGUGUGUGUGGAGCUCUUAUUCUCCCAUUAUGGUGUGUGUAGAGCUCUUAUUCUCCCAUUAUGGUGUGUGUGGAGCUCUUAUUCUCCCAUGCUGGUGUGUGUGGAGCUCUUAUUCUCCCAUUAUGGUGUGUGUGGAGCUCUUAUUCUCCCAUUAUGGUGUGUGUGGAGCUCUUAUUCUCCCAUUAUGGUGUGUGUGGAGCUCUUAUUCUCCCAUUAUGGUGUGUGUGGAGCUCUUAUUCUCCCAUGCUGGUGUGUGUGGAGCUCUUAUUCUCCCAUGCUGGUGUGUGUGGAGCUCUUAUUCUCCCAUUAUGGUGUGUGUGGAGCUCUUAUUCUCCCAUUAUGGUGUGUGUAGGACUCCCAUGCUAGUGUGUGUAGAACACUUACUACGCCUAUGCUUCAUUAAAGGUUCCAGUGUUACUGAGUAGAUUAUAUGUGUACUGACUUAAAGGAAGAUAAAACUUUCUAUUGAUUUCACAAGAAUAAUUCCUAAUCAAAUCCUAAUUUUUAAGGAAGAAAAACCGAAAGAUUUUUAAAAUGAGAGUUUCUGAUUAUCAGCCUGUAAUGUCACCUCUCCUCUUAGAUUUUUGAAUCAUAGUUAAAUAUUUAGCUAAAGCUCACUCAUUAACAACAAUUAUUCACAAAUAACAAAACUAAAGUAUUCACAUAAUUUAAUUUACAAAGUUAACCAGCACUUUCCCCAUUGACAAUGUCAUCAGUUCAGACAACUACUUCAAAGAGAUAAUCAAACGUUUUGACAGUUUUUAGUCCAUAUCAACUAGAACGAUCUGGUCCAUUUCAGCCAACUGGGACUAGACUAAUUACUAUACUAUUAUUAUCCCAUGCCGCUUGCUCUAGUACCAGCUUAAUUAAUUAACUGAUGGUGUAAUUUAUUUAAUGACCAAUCUUAUCUGACAUAUUUAUGACAGACUGGGAUAUCAGUACUAUGCUCUCUUUAAAUUUUUGUUUUGUCUACACCUGUUGAUAAUGUAACAAAAGACUUCAUAAUUUAGUAUUGUUUUAAACUAUUCUUAAUGUACAUAGUCACUGCACCAAAGGGAGGUAACAGUGAAAAUUAAUGCUGAUUGUUUAGAUUUGAUAAGUGAUCUUAAGUGCCAAAUAUGCAUUUAGUUGUACUGAAUUAUUUUAUCCAUUUCUCUCUUUUGGUUGUUUCAUGGAGGCUACAAUAAGUAUAUAAAUAUUUACUUUAACAAGUCUCCAAUGUUACAAUUGUUGUGGUCAAUUGUAUUUAUAAACAUAGACAUAGCUGGCAGAUAGUGGCAAUGUUUGAUUCACUGAAUUUUGCUAGUUUAUAUCCUAAAACACCAGAGAUUUUUUCUUUGAAACUUUGUCAGUCUUUUUCCAGUCUCUCAUUGCCUUGAAAUGCUAUUUAUAGGAGGAAAUUUCUGUAGUGUUACUUAGUUAAAUUGUGUAUUUUUCAUUUGUUGAAAAUGUAAUCAAAAUUUUGUGUAUACCUAUGAACAAAUUGAAGUAUUCCAAUGUGAGAGAGUAUUAAUGGAACUCUUCAUUUUAUAAAGUCCAAAAAAAUUAUAUCAAUUUUUUGCAAUUUUGUACAAAAACUUUUUCACUUGUACAUAUGUUGUGAUAUUCAUAGUGUUUAAAUUACACACAUUUAUCUUUAUGUAUAGCCUACAAUUUUUUAGAUGUAGCAGAAAUACACAAUCAAACAGAACUGCAGUCAAAAUGUCUGGACUUUUUUCAAGUUAUUUUAACAAGAGGUUUUUCUUUGAGGGGCUUGUAAGCCAUGUCACAUACUUAUUCUUGCUGUAGUGUGUUAGUUUCAGUACACAAGCAGCAAUAGACUGAAUCAUUACCAUCUGGAGCAUGACUAAUGCACAAUAGUUUGCAUGUGUCUUCAUGUUCAAUAUGAUGCUUCUGUGUAUAUUAGUGCCUCAACUACACACAGCGAUUGUUUAGAAACAGAAAACAUGCUAUUUUAGGCUUAACACCUGAAAAUGCUUACAAAAUGUUUGUCACAAUGUUACCUGGCCAAUGUAGAUUUAACACCUACCUGGCUAUGUCUCUGAAGGCUGGACUGACCCCCCCCCUUCUGUAACCACUCAACCUGUAACCUAUUUAUAGUGCUUUUUUAACCACGCCUCACCUGUAACCAGCAUACCUCGCCAUGGAAAAAAUCACUUUCUCCCCAAUUUCUACUUAACUAAAUGUAUAAAUACCUGAUCUAUAUCUUUACUUUUUAUACACCUAAUCUAUGUAGCACUUGUGAUUUAAGAAGCCUUACCUACCUACCUCUAUCAUUUCUUAAGCCUUACUUUUUAUACAUUGAAAAGUUUAAAUCUAAUUAUACAUCAAAACUUUGACUCUACAUUAUACAUAUAAAACUUUGAAUAGACCAAGUAAAAAUGUGCUGAUGAUGUUACAUACUAAUGUUGAGCUGUGUAAAUAGUAAUGCCUGACUAUGUCUGCUGUGCCAUGGCAGUUAACUUAUUUUAAAUUGAUCUAUGCACUUCUACUCCAUGUACAAAGUUUUUGUCUCAUUUGUCAGACAUGUCUUGUGGUGUAGAGUUUGUCACUCAUACAAUCUCUUAUUUUUCACUGUACCAAUGUUGUGUAGUACCAACAUCACUGUACCACUGUUGUCUUGUACUGUCAUUAUACCAAAUUGUCAAAUUGAUAGUUUUAUUUUUAUCUACUUUUGUACAUUCCUGUAUUAAACUGAUCCAAAAACUUA